UCCCUCCAGCAAGGGAACAACGCAGUGACCACCAAGGCUGCCGCCGCCGCGACGAGGCCAAAGCCGGCGGCCGACGCCGAGAAGAGAAGCCCGGCGGCGAGGAGCCCCGCCCUCUUCGCUUCGUGCCCCGCUCUGCGCGCGACGGCUCCGAGCCCGGGCCAGGCGGCUCUGCCAGCGGCGAUGGGCGCGGCGGCGGGCGCGGCGGCGGGCGAGGCUGCAGAGGGUGGCGAGGCGGCGGCGUCUCUGCUCGGACGCGGCGACCUGCCUCCCGUGGCGGCGGGGCACCCGCUGCUGCUCGAGGCGGCGACGAAGCGGACGUGCGAGGGUGGUGGGGCUGCUGCGGGGACGAAGGAGACCUGAUGUCGCGUGAGGACCGCGCCGCGGAGACAUUUGGUCACCUCGUUGGCGGCGGCGAGGCGCACGGGCGGUUAACAGGCGGCGCGGGCGGCGGCGGCGGCGCAUACGGUCCAGCGGUUGUUGUAUUCUUUAUCAGUUGCUUCAGGAGAGGGUGAGUUCCCCCGGCUCGAAGACAAAAAGCGCCGUAAAAAA